GACCACCAGGUAGUGACUGCUGACAACAGGACAAUACGAGCCCAUUGAAGCUAAGGGUUUGUGUAAUGAAGGUUCCUUUAAAACUGAUUGUCUAGAGGAUCUGCAGAUAUAACAGUGGCUGGAAGGAGGGAAGGAAGGAAUCUAGCUGUCCUCAACACAAGGCCGUGGUCCCAGUGCAGACUGAAGCAGGGUGAAUGAUGUAUGGACUGCUGUGUGAGUCUCUGCAUGACUUCAUCAAGGAGUCGUAUGGAGAUGAUGUGUGGAAACUGGUCAGAGAGAGGGCCGAUGUCAGGCUACACUCCUUUGUCACCCACCAGGUGUACAGUGAAAGUGUCAUCCCGCGUAUUGCUAAGGCAGCCAGCGGAGUGACAGGAACCCCCUACAACGAGCUCAUGAACUCCUGGGGAGUCUAUUUCCUGGGCUUCGUAGGGAAGUACGGUUACGACAGGAUCCUCAAGGUGUUGGGUCGUCACGUGCGUGACUUUGUGAACGGGCUGGAUAACCUCCAUGAGUACCUGCGCUUCAGCUACCCCAAGGUCCAGCCCCCUACCUUCUUCUGUCAGGAGGAAUCAGCUACCGGAGUCACCCUCCACUACAGGAGUAAGCGUAAGGGUUACCUCCACUACGCCAUGGGCCAACUGAGACAGAUGGGGAAACAGUUCUAUGACACGGAUAUCCACGUGGAGGUGCUSUCUGAACAACUGGUGGGAGACUACUCACACGUCACCAUGAGGCUGAACUUUGACAACUCCGCCUACCGUUACAUCAUGAAGGAGGACGAGGAGGAGCAGGAGAUUCUGCCCAUCACCAGCGACUUCUUCUUCGAAGUCUUCCCCUUCAACAUCGUUUUCAGACAGGACAUGGUGGUGCACAACGUGGGCUCUGGCCUGGCCACAGUCUUCCCUGACCUGGAUGGGAAAAAGAUCAAUGAUGCCUUCCUGCUGGCGCGCCCCCUGGUGGAGUUUACCUGGAACAUGAUCAUCUCCCACCCCAACAACCUGUUUGAGAUAAUGUCCAAGGAGCCAGUGAAGAGAGAGAGGAACCUCCAUAACAGAGUCCAAAAUGGCAACAGUGCUAAUGCUAUGGAGAGCUGGGGUGAUGGCAGUCGCUGUCUGAAACUGAAGGGACAGAAAUACAUGCCUGAGUGGGAGUCCAUCAUCUUUCUGGGAACCCCUGUGAUGGAGAGUCUGAGUGCCAUGUUUAAAACCGGUCUCUAUAUCAACGACCUGAGUAUGCAUGACUCCAGUAGAGACCUGGUACUGGCAGGAACCCAGCAGUCAGAGGAACUCAAGAGAGCUCUCAUACAGGAACAGAAGAAGUCCAGUAAACUGGAGGAGAGUAUGAAGAUGCUAGACUAYGAGAUGAAGAAGACAGAUGACCUGCUCUACAGGAUGAUCCCUAAACCCGUGGCCAAGAGACUACGCAAAGGAGAGCCUGCCGUCAACACCUGUGAGGUGUUUCCAGACGUGACCAUCCUGUUCAGUGAUGUGGUGGGCUUCACCCGUAUCUGCAGCCACAUCACGCCCAUGCAGGUGGUCUCCAUGCUCAACACCAUGUACACACUCUUCGACACACUCAGCGAGAAGCACCGUGUCUUCAAGGUUGAGACCAUAGGUGAUGCAUACAUGGUGGUGGCAGGGGCUCCAGAGAAGACUAAAUACCACGCCCACAACAUCUGCGACAUGGCCCUGGACAUGGUGCGCUCCAUAGACCACCUCAAAGACCCCUCCAAUGGCAACAACAUACAGAUCAGAGUGGGGAUCCACUCUGGCAUGGUGGUGGCCGGGGUGGUGGGCCAUAAGAUGCCACGCUACGGUCUUCAUGGCGACACAGUCCACACCGCAUCAGCCAUGGAGAGCAACGGCAAGGAGAUGCACAUACAGCUCAGCAGCGCUACCUAUGAGCACCUGAAGGGAAGUCACUUCAUCUUCGAAAGGAGAGGCACUAUCACCAUCAAGGUCAGGGGUCACCAAUGUCACAAUGGCAACCGUACCGACCCCUGUAACUAUAGCGACCAACUGGUAUUCAUGUCCGCAGCCUUUGCCUGUAUUUGUGUGAUUUGUCAUCCUCUUUCCCAAUUGAAAUUUGAAUUGAAAUCCCUCCCCCCCAGGGUUGUAGAGAUUGAGACAUACUGGCUGAACAGGAAGAGGGAUAAGGAUGGGGGUGCCCAGGCUGCCUGUCCCCAGUUUGAGACCCAGACCAUCAGCAAGGCCAUCAGUAAGGCCACUAUCUCAGCCCCUGAAACCAGCGGAGACCACGACAGACUGGUGUUCCCGUCGGUGGCAAGGGAGGAUGAGGAUGAUGUGAAGUCCAUACGUUCCCACCGUAUCAAGAUGGAUAUCUCGGGCCAUCACUCCCUGGUGGAGUCUCUGGAGGAAUGCCGUGCUGAGGAGAUGUCUGUCAGCAAGUCUCACUAUAAGGAUGCCCUCCACCAUAACAACGGUCUACAGGACAGUCACAUUGAGCUAGACUCUCCAGAGUUUGACGUGCAUAAUUCCAUCAUGGCAUCUCCAGACGGCUCCAUUGACUCCCACUGCUCAGAGAAGAGYGCCAUGUGCUCCGUGUCGUGAACCCUUAGUCACCAUGGCGAUAUAGGCCACUUAGGGCGAAGGCUCAAGCUGUGGCUGUGUAUAAAUAAUGAUAGUUAUACUAUAACUUUCUUGAAAAAAAUUAUGCUUUUCUAUAGUUGUUUCAUUUGUUACAAAACGCUGAAGGCUCGGGUAACAUUUAACCAUGGACAUUGUUUUGUUGCAGAGCGCUGCUGUGCCUUAUUUGUCCAAUGUGUCCAUGUUAUGGCAAUCUACAGUAUGUGCGAUUAAAGUAGUCCAGGCUAAUUUGUGAUAACGCCAGAAAUGUUUUAUCUGUAUAAAGAUUAGUCACACAUGUUUAAUAAUAUCCUGUUGACCUGACAUAAAAGAGAAUGUAUAUGAUUCCUACAUAUUGAAUAGAGCACAUGUAGUUACUUUGUAACACGUACUAAAUGUAUUCUGCCUUUCACUGUUAGCUCCCGCUGCACUGCGUGAGUUCACUCCGCUGUGUUAGCCUCUCUCACGCAUAGCCUACUGCACAACAGAACGGAACAACAUGUCACCGCUGUGGAAAUAAAACAAGGUGACAGCAUAGCUA